UGUGCUGUCGACGCAUUCGGACAUACGAAUUCAUCAAAUCGUACAGGAAUUCUAAUUACAAAUUAAUAUUACUCGUGGGAAGAUGCGUUCUGUUUGGCUGCUGCUCUGCUUGGGGCUGCUGGCGUUGACGCUGUCACAGGUGCGCGCCGAGGACCCCAUCGCCAAUCUGGACUUGGAGGACAUAGCUGAGUUCGAUGAAGAUGAUGAAGAGUAUCUGACGCUGCUGGAGGAGAAGUCCAAGAACAAAGAUGUGGAGCGUGAGAAUGAGCUGGCCCAGAAAUUGGCCGAUGUACAGUAUAAUCUAUUAAAUCCGGUGGUCGAGGUGGAUCCCUGCGAGACUAUGCACUGCGGCGCAGGUCGCAUCUGCCAGCUGAAUGAAGGCAAGCCCGAGUGCAUCUGCAUUCCCGAGUGCCCAGACGAAUUGGACACGCGUCGUCUUGUCUGCACCAACAAGAAUGAGACCUGGCCAUCUGAUUGCGCUGUCUAUCAGCAGCGCUGCUGGUGCGACAACAAGGAUCCCGGCUGCCGUCAUCCGGACAAUGCACAUCUCCACAUCGACUACUAUGGCGCCUGCCAAGAGCCGCGUGUGUGCGAUGGCGAGGACUUGAAGGACUUCCCGCGUCGUAUGCGCGACUGGUUGUUCAACGUGAUGCGCGAUCUCGCCGAGCGCGAUGAGCUGACCGAUCACUACAUGCAAAUGGAACUGGAGGCCGAGACGAACAACUCGCGUCGUUGGGCCAAUGCAGCCGUGUGGAAGUGGUGCGAUCUGGAUGGCGAUACCGAUCGCUCUGUCUCCCGCCACGAGCUGUUCCCCAUACGCGCCCCGUUGGUCAAGCUGGAGCAUUGCAUCGCACCAUUCCUGGAGUCCUGCGACUCCAACAAGGACCAUCGCAUUACUCUGGUCGAGUGGGGCGCUUGCCUGGAACUGGAUGCCGAGGACCUCAAAGAGCGCUGCGAUGAUGUGCAGAAAGCAGUGCCGCAUUUGCUGGGUUAAUCGUAUCUCUGAUGCCAUGUCCUAUGUACCAUGUGUCAUGGAUGCCCUGUUAUUUUAAAUAAUAUAAUUUUACUAUUUUGUGCACAAAGUUUAUUUCAACAAAUAAUUGUCUAAUAAAUGUUCCAAUAACAA